UGCACGUGAUUUCUGUCUACAAAAAGGCUGACGUCAUUACAAGGCUGAGACUUUGUGCCCAUCCACCAUCACAGCCUUGACGCCAACUUGCGCUUUCUUUCUGAUCAAUGUGUGUAUAGCUGCUAACGUGGCAUACUCACAGCUCCCACAUCCCACCACCAUGGCGGCGAAUGUCCUUGAAAUCCCUUUCCGGCGAACGCACUCGGUCGAUCUCUCCUCCGCCAUCAAACAAUACAUUUCCAGUAAAUAUGACCAGUCCCCAGGCAUGUUCGCAGAUGACCUUCGAGAAAUCGACCGCCUUCGUUCCGAUGCCAUCAGUGUCCAAGAACCUCACAUUAGCGGGAUCCGAAGGUUGGCCGUCUACGCUGCACAGCUACGCUAUCUGAGCGGGAAGUUUCCGAUAGAUAUUGGCGUGGACUUCCCCUGGUACCCUGCCAUUGGUUAUGACAAGGACAAGCCGGUGCUACAAAACAAUUUGAGAUUCGAGUUGGCGAAUAUACUGUUCAACUUGGCCGCCCUAUACUCACAGCUGUCUGUACGGACGAAUUGGACCACUAUCGAUGGACUCAAGCAGGCCGCUGAAUAUGGAAUUGCAGCAGCCGGAGUACUCGCCUUCAUGCGCAAAGAGAUCAUGCCAGACAUGCGAUCCUCUCCUCCAGAAGAUAUGGAUGACGUGACAUUGGACAGCUUACAGAACCUGUGUCUGGCCCAGGCCCAGGAAUGCUUUUGGCAAAUAACGGUCAAGAAGAACAUGUCGGACGGAACGAUUGCCAAACUGGCAGCAAAGGUGUCGGACUACUAUAUUAUGGCAGCAGAUGCAGGUCGUCAGUCAAGGUCUGUCAGCAGCGAGUGGAUACAUCACAUGCAAGCGAAACAUCACCACUUCGCGGCCGCUGCUCAGUACAGGCAAUCGAGAUAUUGCCUACAGAACAAGCAGUAUGGCGAGGAGAUUGCUCGACUAAAAGACAGCAUUGUCUGCGUCAAUGAGGGAUUGCAAGAAGCGCGGUGGAUCAGUGCGACUGUUGUCGGUGAUCUCAGCGGUCUCAGGACCAGAGUGCAAGCGGAUUUGAAGAGAGCGGAAAAAGACAACGACGUCAUCUAUCUACACGCAGUCACGCCAAAGUCAGAGCUCAGAAUCCUAGACCGCACAAAUAUGGUUGCCCCAAAGACACCAGCAGAUGUAGCCGAUGGGAUUUCGCUCCUUGGCGAAGGGCAGCCAUUUGGCAAGCCGUUGUUCGACAAACUUGUGCCUUAUGCUGUACAUCAAGCAGCCUCAAUAUAUGAGGACCGACGAGAUCGCUUACUCAACCAAUCCAUUAUAGCUGAUCUGGAGGCCAUGACUGCCAGACUUCGGGAAGUCCUCCAAUCCCUCGACUUACCCGGCUCCUUACAGGCCUUGGAGAAACCUUUGGGGCUGCCGGGAAGUCUAGUAUCAAAGGCGGAGGAGCUCCGCCAGCAAGAUGCCUUAUAUCGCAUAAAACGAUCAAUGGAGGACACCACGAAGCUCAAGACGAACGAUCUUACAAUCUACCAGGAAGGAAUGUCACUCCUAGAAGCAGAGAAAGCCGAGGACGACAGAGCUCGCGCGAGAUAUGGUACAGAGAGGUGGAGCCGGCAACCUUCAGAAAUCGCUUUGGCCAAGUUGUACCAGAGUUCAAAAGAACUUCAAACCUACCUCAACUCAGCGGCCUCGAGCGACAACCUCGUGGAAGCAAAGUUCCGCGAGAACGAACACAUUCUGAAGACUUUGAGUGGCACGAAUCCUGAUCUUGAGCGGUUUGUGCCUUCGUCGAGGCAAGUAGAGAUGACACCUGCGAUCGACCAAGCUGCAUCACGGCUAAGGACUUGUCUCAACGAGGUCUCUCGGCUAGAAACGAGGCGGAAGAACCGGAUCAACGCAUUACGAGAAAAAGCAAAAGCUGACGACAUCGGCCCAGCUCUACUCGCUGAGGCAGCACGAUUAGAGCGCGAAUACCCCAUGCAGAAGAUCGAACCAAAUCAAUUUGAGGCUCUCUUCGAUAGAAGGCUUCAGACAUAUGAAUCCGACCGAGAUAUCCUUGCCGCCGAGCAAGAAGAACAAGAUCAAAUUGUCGCACGCUUGCGCGAGGCCAACAAAGCAUUCCUUGACGCUAGGCGAGGUGAUACCAGCACACGCGAUCGGCAGAAAGCCCUACAAGCACUGGAUACAGGUUAUGCCAAGUACAAGGAGCUGGUCAGUAAUCUCGAGACGGGGCGGAAAUUCUACAACGAUCUGGCAGGGCACGUGACGCGCUUCAGGGAGAAUUGUAAAGCACAAGUCAACGAGCGACGGGUGGAGGCGAGUCAACUCGAAGCGGAACUCACUGGACAGGACAUGGGCCGGUUGAACCUUGAAGAGACGAGAAGGGAGUUGACGAGCCAGAGUCAAAGCCAGGGGCCGCAGACUAGGAGCAAGGAUCCGGCUCCCACACCGCAGCGACAAGAUGGGAUCACAGCGCCGGUGCCGACGAGGAGUCAUCAUCCACCGCCAGCAGGAGUCAUGCCUUCAACGGCACCUGUGCCUGUAAACGUCGCAGGCGGGACCAUUGCGGGAGGGGGAGUCUGGAGGCCGGAUAUGGGUAUCAGGUUUGGUGGUGCUCCGGCAAAUCAGCCUGGACAGGCUGGAUAUCCUGUUCCACGACGACCGUAGUGCGGUGUUGGAUGAUUCAUGAAUAGUUGGCACGUAGGUUCGUAGCGUGGCGUAAAAGGCAGCGAUCGCAUACCAGCAAGGCCACACCGUGUUUGAAGUCGUAACGAGACAAGGUUAAGAACUUUGACGAGAUCGAAGGAGCAAUCAAUCGCCCAGUUCGAUUUUGAA